AUGACAGUGAUUCAAUACGACGGCCUCGGUCGUCAUCCUCUAGCCGCCAAAAGUGGCGCCCUUCUCCUUGGUCUUCUGUCUGACCGGGAUCUCUCCCGCCUCGUCCUCGACCAUCUCGGCCCGGCCGACCGCGUCCUGCUCAGCCUCACCUGCCACGACCUUUACGAGCGCCUGCAGUCACCAGCCACCGACGGAUCGACGACAACGAUGACAACAACAGUAUCGACACUGCGCAGUCGUCUCAACCGGCUGGACUUUCUGGCCUUCCUCUCGGCCGUGGCCCGUGACCUGCGCGACCAAUACGCCUGUGAGCUCUGUCUGGGACUGCACCGUGCCGGCCCGCGAGACGGACACGCCCUCGACUGCAAGGAGCUCGCACAGGCAUCGGCCGAGAAGCGGACAAUGAAGCCGGGACUGCAGCCGCCCUGCUGCCGCGACGGCCGCGCUGCCCGGCGCAUGGCUACCGUCAUGCUGACGACGACAAAAGGCCACCCCAAGGCGCCCGCUGCCCGCAGGACAAUGCUCGCCAGCAUCUGCCACCGUGACGUGCAGCUCACGCUCAAGCGGGCUCGGUUGCUCAAAGAAGCUCGUCAUCUGCAGCUGCAGCCACUGUCUAGACCGCUCAGCACGACCAAGGCGGCCUUGUCGGCCAUCUGGAAGGCCGUCUCUCGGAUACGGCCUAACCUUGGGAUUGCCCAGAGCAAUGCCAGCACCCUGUUGGCCGGCGAUCUACAGCCUCUGCAGAGUAUGGUGCAGCAGGCACUUGGGCCUUUCGAGACAACGCGGACAACGGUCACAACGGUCUGGCUAAGCCACUACAAAAGCCAGUAUGACGACACUUAUCGCUACAAGUUUGCACCGCGCAUCGUUGCAGGGCCAGAUGGCCACCCUCGUGCAAACGAAGAGCUGAGCGAAGUCCAGUCCACGGAUGACCAGCAGGACACAUACUAUUCAAGCAACAUCAGGACGUAUGCCGAAGCCAGCAGCUGUUGUGCCCGCUGCCCGACUGACUUUCAUCUUCGUGUCCAGGAGGAUGAUACGACUAUCACCGUGUGGCAGGACUUUGGGCCAGAGGGACAGGUGUCUGACCUUAUCUGGCAGAGCCAUAUCUUGGGCCCCUUCUUUCAGGCAGAGACGGGAGAAGAGCUGUACGCACUGCCGAACACGUGGGAAUCUGGCCCAACUGUGACCCAUUCACCUGGGAGCGUGCGCGAGCUGUAUGAGAGCUCCGCUGACUGGACCAUGGAACCCGCAACUGGGACAACACCGCGAAGUCGAGGGACAAUCAACGAGAGGAAGAGGAAAGACUAG